AAGUAGGGGGCGAUCUAAAAUCAAUGACAACUGGAAUGACGUUAUCACGAUUUGACAGACGACCACGAUCGGCACCCUAUACAAUGGAAUUAGUUAUUCAUCUACCAGAACAUCUUUGACCAUUUAAUUUCCAAAUAUGGCUGAAUGUGAGGAUCUCGGGCUGCUAGAAGCGGCCGAGACGACCAAAGAAUCAGAAUCUCUGCCAUCAUUGAAGGAAAAGCUAGCCACGUUACAGCAAGAAAAGGAAAACAUUGAAGCAGAUUUUGGACAAAAACGGGCAAAGUUCAAGGAAAUAUAUUUGCAGAAGGAAGAGGAAUUACGGAAAGAGAAGCUGGCUGUUCAAGAAUCUCAGGAGAUUGCUAUAACGCUGCAGGAGGAAUUGGAAAAAGUGAAGGGAGAACUGGAGGGUAUCAAAACUGCAGUAGCGUAUUCCGAGUCGAACAAACAAGAUGAGAUUGCAUCCAUUCAUAAACAGUGUCAACAGGAGGUGGCAUCUCUCCAACACCUCAUGAAAGAAGUCGCCAAUGAGGCAUCCAGAAACACUGCUCUAAAAUACGAGACUGAGAGCGAGAAGCUCCAAGAAUUGAAUGAGAAUUAUGAAGAGGAGCUACAAGAUCUGAGAAAUAAACUAUACGGUAGUGGACAGGAUAGUGGGGAAGGAUUUCUGAGCACAGUGGCUAAACAGUUGAAGCUUGUCAGUGUUGGCCAACACUCAUCGUCCACCACUCAGUCAGAACACGAGAGUCUUGAGGAAAGCAUGAAAAAGGCUCAAGCUGAUGCAGAAAUCCUCAAGUCUGUUGUCAUGCCUCUCGAAGAUGAAGUUAAGGUGUUGAAGGCAAAAUUGAAGCAGGCUGAUGAAAAAAUCCAACAUCUUCAGUCUCAGCAUUCACCAGUUGGAGGGAUGAGUCCAAGUCACAGACAGACGACACCGGACACACAGUCUCUCCCUGACAUGGACCAAGUCCGCGACCCAGAGGAGAGAAUCAAGGAACUUCUACAUUACUUGAGGACGGAGAAAUCGUCACGUAAAGAUCUGGAGAUGUUUGUGGCCGUCUUGACAACACAGAAAAACGUUUUAUCUGAGGACGCAGACAAACUGCGUCUGGAACUUGAAGAUGUAUGUACAAUUCUGGACGAGGAGAAGAAAGCUCAUGAGGAACUGAAACAGACAUGGCAGAUGGCUAAUGACCAGUUCCUGGAGUCCCAGCGUCUGAUGAUGAUGGAUCUACGCAGAAUGGAGAGUGUUCUCUCCACAGAGCAGCAGCGACAGAUCGCAGAAUUACAGCAAAAGGACCUUGAAAGAGAGGCCCAGGAGAAAAAGGUGAAAGGUCUUGAAGAACUCCGGCUCAAACAGCAGCGAGACCAGGAGGAGCGACGUCGAUCAGAGGCAAUGAAAAAAGCUGAAGAGGCAACAGAGAAGCUCAAAGCAAAGGAGGCUGAGGCUAGUGCUAGACUUCAGAAGCCUCACAGCGACACGGCUCAUUCUCGGAGACGAUCGGGUGACAGUGACCUUCUUUUCACCGGAGGUUCAGCAAAGUCCUUGUCUGAUCCUGACCUUGUGGAUGUCAGCCAAGAAGGCGACAGCUUCCUUGAUGCCAAAGUUGCUGAAGCUGAUCGAUCGGAGCUUGAUGGAAUACGAGUCCAGAUCAGUCCAGAAAAAACUCUUAACCUGCCCUCAUUGUCAGAAGCUCAAAAACGUGCUAUUACAGAUCCGACACCCGACUUUGAAGCAAGACAAACACUUCUGGCCAGUGCCAAACAUAAAAACGAGCGGUCAUCACUAACCGAUGGUCGGAGACUGGUCAGUCAGAAAGAAUGGGACCUGUUACAGCAACAGUUACGGGAAGCUCGGGAGAAACUAGGACGGCCGUGCGACAUGUGCAAUAAUUACGAAGCCCAGCUACAGGGUGUACAGGAG